ACGAUUGAAUUCUAAAGUUUAAAUGAGGUUUUAGAUUUUAUAAAGUUGCUGGAAAUUUAAUGAACAUGGAAAUAAUUUAAGUUUCAUUAUUUUGAUGAUAGGAGGUGAUUUCUAAGUGAAUGUUCAUUAUUGCAAAGUGGCCCCUACGCUUAGGUAUUCAAGGUACGUACAAGUCUAGGGCGUCCACACCAAUUGUCAAGAGAAUUACAUGAUUGUUGUUGAUGUGAAUUAUAUAAUGUGGAAUCAUGUUUAUUUUGGUGAACGAUCAUGUGAUUUAUGAUUGUUGGAUUUAUUGGAUUAAUUGUUGAACAAGCAUGUUGCGAUUAUUAUGAGUAUGGAUUUCAUUGUCAAUCAUGUUGUUCAAUAUUUAUGCAUGUAUGGUUUGUUUCACAUGCAAUGGAUGAAUUAUUUUUUAUUAUGCUAUUGUACGGGAUGUCUAACAUACUUUGAGCCAAUUAUUCGUACCUCGUUGUACUAUUUAUUUUACCACAUGUGAAGGGUUAGCUCACGUAAGCCACCGCACAUGCAGGGUUCAGUUGGGAAUAUUUUGUAUGGAAUGAAUUAGGAUUUGUCGUGCAAGGGCACAACCCUCAUGUUAAUGGGCAUGAUGUGGAAUCUCACUUUGGUGAGGAGGAACAUGGUAGUAAUUUCACAAGUGUCUUGCUUUGUUGAUCACAAGUCCUAAAGCAUUAAAAUAAGAUUGUUUUGGUUGUUGUUUAUUAAUUGUAUGUGUGUAUGUUGUUGAGUCUUGAGUUCGCCUUGGAACGUAUAUACCUUGAGUAUGAACAAUGGGGGGAGACUUUCCGGAAAGCUUGAUCUCCUACUAAUGAUACAAGACGUUGUUUCAUUUAUAUUAUGCGCAGGAAUUCCGUCGGUAUGGCCUGACACUCGGUAUGGCCCGAUUUUAUUAUUUAUUAUUUGGUGUAUGGUUGGCUCCCAUCACCUUUCCUUUAUGGAAUAUUCUUUUGGUCCGUUCAAAGCUUAUUCUAAUUAAAUUGUGAGUCAAGAGUCGAGUCUUGUAUUCAUGAUUUUUUUGUUAAUUAUUAAAUGGCUUUUGCAUGAUGAUUAGUACUUAGUGAGUGAUGCAUGUUUAUAGUUGUUUCACUCUAUUCUUCUAAGUACUCAGCUUUUGCUGACUACGUGCUUUGUGUUUUUGGUCAUGGCCUUUGCCUUAAUGACCCUAUGAUGAUCUAUCAUUUGCACUUGCAUUAAUGGGGAGUAGAAUAAUAUAGCAGGUUGGUAGAUCGAAAUCAUAUGGCUUGGGAUAAUUGAGAGAGUUGCAUGCUUUCGUAUUUCGAACUACUUUAUUUAAUACUUUAAUUAUGUUUGAAUUCGUUGAACUUUUAUACUUUGGUUUUUGGGCCGUCAUGGUUCCAAUUUGUAGGAGGCCUCGAUAUUUUAUUAAUUAUGUUUUUAAAAGUUAGUUGACAUUAAAUUCCGCUGCGUAAUUCUGGUACUAGCCUUAACCGUUAUCACGGUGGCGGUAAUACUUUAGUAAUUCCUUUGUUUUAAGUUGGAAAAUGGUUUUAUAAAAGCAAGGAAUUAUUAGGGUGUUACACUGGAGGAUUAAACAUUAGAUCUGCUUUGAUUAUGAACCAAGUGGCCAGGACUAAACUUUGCUAGAAAUUUAACUCUUCCCAAAACCUUGCCACUAACCUUGUUAAGGAAAAAUAUGUCAAUAAUAGAAUCUACCCUGCUUCUUUCAAAACUGGCUCCCACAUCUGGCAGAAUGUAGGAAGAGGAUGAGACUUAUAUAGCAAGCUUACUGCAUGGUGUAUAGGGGAUGACAGUCACAUUAAUUUGUGGAAUGAUAAUUGGUUAGGUAAGGGUUCAAUUCUCUUAGAUCUUUAGUAGUUGGCCCUUUAGGUAGAGGAGAGGAAGACCUUCCCCUUGGCACCAUAAUGCAAGAUGGCCACUGUAAUUUGAACAUAAUCUCUUGUAGAAUCCCAACAGACCUGAUCCAUUAGAUCCAUGUUAUUCCUAUACCUAAGUUUGGGACUGACAUCCCUUUCUGCUCCCUUUCACAAGGCCAACACUUUGAUUCUAAAAUUGUAUAUAACCAAAUUUGGAGCUCUAAGUUCCCUCAAACAGUCAUUGACAGAAAGUGGAUCUCCAUGUGAAAAGCUAGAUUCCCUCCAAAUAUUAAAUUCUUUAUGUGGUUGUGCCUGUGGAAUAGCAUACCCACUGGAAAAUUGCCAAAUUUGUCCUAACACCCAGGAAAACCUAGAUCAUAUCUUUAUUACAUGUCCUAGGGCAGUAGAGUUUUGGUCAAAUGUUAAGUUUAUUCCCAAAGUUAAACUUCCUGAUUCUGAUUUUACUAACUGGUUUUGGGGAAAUGUGUUGGAAAUAAAAGUGAACACUGAUUUAAAUAUUGCCCAUACAACUAUUUUUAGCUUUUGUCUUUGGAGAAUCUGGUUAAGAAGAAAUCUCUGGAUCUUUCAAAAGGGAAACAAACCCAUUCUUUUCUGGACUGUACAAACCACUAAACUAGCCAAUAUCUCUCAAAAUGACCAAAUUCAUGUCCUAAACAUCAAGCCUUUGCAUAUAUUCCCAAUUGUUGGUCAAGCUGAUUACAUUGUGAAAGUGGAUGUCACUUUUUACUCCACAUCUUUGCUUAUUGCUUCCUAUGCCAGAAUUUGCAGGAAUACAAAUCAUAACUACAUAGAUGGAGUGGCUGGCUCAACAACAUCAAUAGCACAUAUUGCUGCAGAAUCCCAAGCAAUAUUGCUCGCCAUCUCUUGGGCCAUAGUGAACCAGUGGAUAGGGGGACAUGCUAAGAAGCCAAGGAAGCCUCUAAUUGAAAUCAAGAAGGAGGGAGCAGCUGAAGGAAGUGGACCAUGUGGCAAGGAAGGCCAAUGCCCAGCCGAGUCUGUUGCAUCGUGGAAUUAGUAUCAACCCCCCUGCAAGUCUAGUCUAAUUUCUUCUACUAAUGACAUUUUUUUUGGAAACUUUAUCCUUAAGUAGAGAAUAUGCCUUGGAUGGCUGUAUUUUUGUUCCACAUAGGGUGGAAGCUGAUGAUUUCAGCAUAACCGUGUGAUGUGUAUUUUGAUGGUCUAAUCUAGAUGAAGUGACUCUUUUUAACCCAAAAAAAAAAACACUUUUGUAACUGAUUAUAGUACCCCUUAAAUGAGUUUACUAGUGAUGGCACACAAUUUUAUUAUCUAUGUACAGUAAACUCAUAGUG